UAUCAAGAGAAAUUCAGUGAACUCCUCUGUGUUGCCAGGGGCAUUUCAAAAUGUAUGCCGGUCGCUCUACCGUUUUGCCGCAGUGAAUUCUAAUUUAUUUUAUGUUGUUUAAUUUCGGUUCCUUUGAUUGUACUGUGGAUACAUAAAAAUAUUUUCGCUUACCUAAAAAUUAGAGAAAUUUUCUAGUUUUCAGUAUUUUGUUAAAUUUUCCCAGUUUGUAGAGGACACUUGGAAGUAUAUGUUCUGAAGUUAUUUCGGGCAUUGUUAGGCUGAGAUAAAAAUUAGUUACUUAAAAUUAUAUAUUCUAAAGAUUUUAAAUGGUGCUUACAGCAAUAACCAACAAGAUGAUUUAGCACUAAAAUAUGAACUAGACGCAUAUAAUAUACGUGACAAAGAAUUUGAAUGUUCAAAUAUUUUAUUUUCGAUCUGUACAAAUUUACAAGCAAUCGGCGAAAUCUAUGUAAAUAAAGGUGAUUAUGAUAAUGCGGCGAAAUAUUACGAAAAAGCAUUAUUAAAAAUUUCAGAUUAUACUAAUAUUGAAAAUUUACUGAAAAAAGUUACUUAAAAUACGAAUAAUAAAUGAUUAUGAGACACCUACUAUGGUAUAUAGAAUGCUUGAAUUAUCUUAUAUGAUUAGGAAACGUUUUAAUGAAGCUUUGAAAUAUUAUAAUAAAUUAUUAGAAAUGCAAGAACAACAUAAAGAUUUAUUUGAAAUUGACGAUAAUGAUCGUAUGGAUAAUGCACGGAAAAUAUGA